UCUCUGAUCUUCAUUUUAGGCUACUGUAUGUAGAAAUUUCUGUACCACUCUCUCUUUCGGUAGCCAUGGAACCUCUUUCGCUCAUUUUGCUUUUGGCUUUCUUACUUUCAAUACCAAAUUUUUGCUUGGGAAGGGAUUUAAUUACUAAAACCCAAUUCCUUAGAGACGGAAACACCAUUGUUUCAGAGGGUGGAACCUUUGUAAUGGGAUUCUUUAGCACCACCAAUUCCUUAAACCAUUACAUAGGUAUAUGGUACAGACAAGAUCCAGUUAAGACAGUGGUUUGGGUUGCAAACAGAGAUGCUCCACUUGCUGACACAUCUUCAGCAGUCUUGAAGAUCACCUUGGGAGGCCAACUUGCACUUCUUGGAGACAAGGGUCAGGCUGUUUGGUCUGCGAACACAUCAAGAUCGCUGCGAAAUCCGGUUGCAGAGUUGCUAGAUACUGGGAACCUUGUGGUUAGAGAUGCAGAUGAUGAUGAAAAGCUGCAGAAUUUUCUGUGGCAAAGUUUUGAUCAUCCAACUGAUCAUUGGUUAUCUGGAAUGAAGUUAGGGUGGAAUUUACAGACGGGUCAUGAGGUAUUUUUUACAUCUUGGAAGGGUGAAAAUGACCCAUCUUCAGGCCAAUAUACACUGCACCUGGAUCCUACUGGAUACCCACAAUAUAGUCUUAAGAAUAGAACAACUGAGAUUUUUAGCUCAGGUCCAUGGAAUGGUUUGCGCUUUAGUGUAGCACCAAUAGAACAGAGCAACACCAACGUGCCUUAUGGACUGGUAAGAAAUAAAAAGGAGGUUUAUGUUUGGUAUAAUACCAGUAUUUAUUCGGGUUUACAUAGAUUUCUUCUUACAAGCAAUGGUAUUCUAAAAUUAUGGGUAUGGGAAGAUGACAUCAAACAAUGGGUGAGCUUUUAUAGCGAACCGGCAAAUAUUUGUGGCACAUAUGGUUUAUGUGGUGGAAAUGGUGUCUGCAACAUACAUGAAUAUUAUCAUAGUUGCGGAUGUCUGGCUAACUUUUUGCCUAAUAAUAAUGCUACAGAUAGAUUGUCAGUAGGAUGUCAUAGGAGAAAACCUCUUAAUUGCCAUAAUAAUGGAUCCUCAUCAGAUGGAUUCCUCAAAUAUUCUAGUAUCAAAUUGCCAGAUACAAAGCACUCUUGGUAUAAUGAAUCUAUGAGCCUUCAAGAGUGUGAACGACUUUGCUUGAGGAAUUGCUCUUGUAUGGCUUAUUCCACUCUCAAUAUAAGUAAUGGAGGAAAUGGGUGUUUGAUUUGGUAUGAUGAUUUAGUUGAUAUGAGAAUAAUACCGGAUGGGCAAGACAUAUACAUCAGACAGGCUGCUAGUGAAAUACCAGGGUUAACACCAGAACCACAUCACUUAAACUCAUUGGGGAGGAAAAUAAAAAUCCUUGUGCUUUGUUUGUCGAUGCUGGUUGUAAUAGUUCUUGUUGGGGUGUCUCUUUACUUGUAUAUUUGCAAAUUAAAAAGGAAAGAACAAAAGUUGAAGCAAGAAUUAGAGCUCCCACGUUUCGAUUGGUCAACAAUAUCAAGAGCUACAAAUAACUUCUCAGUGAUGAACAAGUUAGGCCAAGGUGGAUUUGGAGCUGUAUACAAGGGUGCAUUGGAUGGGGGAGAAGAAAUAGCUGUAAAGAGACUAUCAAAGAAUUCCACUCAAGGUCUUGAGGAAUUCAUGAAUGAAGUCAUUUGUAUUGCCAAAUUACAACAUCGAAAUCUUGUUAAGCUUUUGGGGUGCUGCAUUAGCGGCGAAGAAAAGAUGUUGAUCUAUGAAUACAUGCCUAACAAAAGUUUGGACUUCUUCAUAUUUGAUCAAACAAAGAAAAGGUUGCUUGAUUGGCCAAAACGCUUCAACAUAAUUAAUGGAGUUGCGCGAGGGUUAUUAUAUCUCCAUCAAGAUUCUCGACUAAGAAUAAUUCAUAGAGAUCUAAAAACUAGUAAUGUUUUGCUUGAUGCUGAUUUGAAUCCAAAGAUAUCAGACUUUGGCUUGGCUAGGAGUAUACUAGGAAAUGCAACUGGAGAUAACACAAAACGAGUUGCUGGAACAUGUGGGUAUAUGUCUCCAGAAUAUGCCGGACAUGGAAUCUUUUCUAUUAAAUCAGAUGUGUUUAGCUUUGGUAUUUCAGUACUUGAGAUAGUCAGUGGUAGGAGAAAUAGUGAGUUUAUCAAUGAAGAUCAAUACGUGGCUCUUCCCGAACAUGCAUGGAAGCUUUAUAGAGAAGGAAACUCAAUUGCGCUGGUUGAUGAGCAUAUAACUGGUUCAUAUGAUGUAGUUCAAGUUCUAAGGUCAAUCCAUGUCGGCCUUCUAUGUGUGCAACACUCUCCAGAGGAUAGACCAGAUAUGUCAUCUGUAGUUCAUAUGUUGGUUAAUGAUUUAGCAUUACCUCAGGCUAAAGAGCCUGGCUUCUUUUUUGGCAAGGAAUAUUCUUCAGGGACACAUGCAAAAGGUUCUCAAAAUGAAGUUACAAUUACGACAUUAAAUCCUCGUUGAAUGUAUAAUUUAGAUUUAUUUUAGUUCCUUUGAUAUUAAAAGAUAUACUAGAUUAUAUCCAUUGAUGCUUACUAGUUUGAAAUGUAGACAUCAAUAAGAAA